AUGUGCGAUAUGGCUCUCGAUCUCAACACGCCCAUACGCCGGGCUCGUUGCGAGUCCCGUUUUGGGCUGCUGGUUUGUGGGACGGCCGACGACCCUAUAGACGUGCGUUCUACAAUAGAACGGUACCAGUGCUACCUGUUAGGGUCAUUCGGUGCGUCUGAUGCCUUGGCAGGGUCGCCUUGCACAUCUGUAUUGGCGACUUGCGUUGAAUCGAAAUCCUCGAUACCCGUCGUACGUAAAGAGCCCCCUGCUUACACACCUGAUGGAAAGCCUUCUGAGAAUUCGGGUUGUGUGGACUGGGGUACUAUAUCAACGGAUGAAGAUGAGAUUGUAGAUGCAAACGACGGGCAGAUAACACCCAUAUCGGCACCACUUGGACCGUGUGAAACAACGUUCGUUACGAAGGGCUCGGAUGAACGCAGCACAACUCGGAUUGAUCAUACUUCUUCACCUAUAAGGACUACUCCUGCGAAGAGGCCGAAGGUUACCCUUCGCAUGCAAAGUGAAUUCAUGGCUGGGUCUGACGUUUGUUCCUCUCACGAAGCUGGUAUUGUCUCUACAGACCCGCAGGCCUGUUACACUACCAAUGUGUUGCCACCUGUUGGUGAAGUGCCAUCGUUGACUUCUGGUGCUGUUGCACCGAGCAAUGCAAUUAACAAUGUGCCGCGAUGGAAGACUUAUCGUCACAAGGUUCUUUUGAAGCUACGUAAGAAACGGGUACAAAACAACUAUGAUCUAGCAUUGUUUUUGUUGAUUAAAUUUGGCGGACCGGACACCAGUGCAGGUCGUUCUAUUAUUGAAGACAGCGCACUUCUCGAGUGCUCCUUACUAAGUCAAUUCCCCAAUGACGAAGACUUGCGUUCAUUUUACUUGCGUCAACGUGCGUCACUCAUGACCGCAUUAAGUCAGCGAAUGCCAGUAAAUACUCUAUCACCGGUACAGCUGCAUCGUAAGUUGGCUAAGAUGCUGCCUCCCAAUAGGUGGUUCAACCGCCAUAAACUUAUGCAGAAAGUCGCUGAUCAGGAACGGUGGAACCCCUUUUCUAUAUUCGGAUCUUCACUGCCAUACGUUGACGUUUCGGAGGUGUUCGGGACAAGCGAGUCUACGGCAAACGACAUCACAUCAUCUGUACUAACAGACAACACAAAUACACCUGUACCAUAUGCCCAAAGCGGUCAGCAGGGCGGUUAUGCGCUACGCAGCAACCGUGUGGAUGUGACUCCUGGAAUCAAUUGGUCAGGUGACCCUCUCAUGUUAGAUGAGGUUUUAUGGUACCUCGAGGCUACUGGCAAGUAUGUUGACAAGAGUCGACAGGUUUGCACACUGCAGAGGUGCUACUGCGUUACACCGGACCCUCAUAUCGCAUUCAACUGGAACGACGCACGUAACGCUGCGUGGAGGGAUUAUCGCGGCCCCCGCGCGUCCAUGGGUCAAUUACUGAGUCCUUCUGUAUAUGAAGAGAGCCUACGAGAUCACGAGAGAUUGUGCAACGAGCUUAAAGCAACGCCAUGCGUGGAAGGCUCAUCAGAUACCGUGGCGGUACCAGGAACUACAGAAGACAGUGGUAAUGGAGAUUCCACUUCAUCGAUCAGCCGGUUGCCGGAACCUGUUGCGCCACGCUCCCUGGAGUCUGGCUGCGGUGACGCGGCAGGUUGCAUUGCAUUUACGCCCCAAACACGGCGUGUAAAAGAGCAAAGACUUGUUUUCUAUCGAAAUUACUUCGAAGCUAAUCGCCAAGAAGCGCCUCAAGCUUAA